AUGCGACUAUGCUGCCGGCAUUACGGUAGAGCUGAGAAAACCACGCCUCCACCGAGCAAGCCUCCACGGACUGUGCGCGAGAGGCAGCUCCUCGCUCUCCAUCAUCAUGAAAAACGCGAGCUGGGAGCGUUGAGAAAAAAAUGUCAACUGCGGCCGCUCUCCGUCCACCGCAGACAUGAGCCACCCUCCGUCCGGCCCUUCCACCCGCAACAAAAAGUCGCUCUCACCAUGCGGAUCCACCGCCGGGUCGCCGUGAUCGCCGCGUGCCUCGGAGUUUUCUUACUUUUGUACUUUUUGGGGGGCAACGCCGCGGACGACGAUCCGCUGCUCGGAGAAGUUGGGGAGGACCCGGAGGAGAAGGAUGCCGAGCCCUUCCCGUCGUUUUCCAAGCUGAGGAGCAAUGCCGGGAAUUCGGUCGGGAAUUCGGCCGGGAAUUCCGCCAGGGAAGUCGCCGUCCGGUUGGAGGAAACCCUCAGGGGAGGAAAAGUGGGGAGAUCGAUCGAUCGAGGGGGCAAAGUGAAGGCGAAAAGUGGCGUACCGUCACAAGGUAAUGGCGCCUGGCGGGUGAUGAAGAGGAGGGCAGAGGAGGUCAUGCACUUGGCGGUGGUGGCCUGCGGGGACCGUCUGGACGAGACCCUCACUAUGCUCAAAUCGGCCCUGCUGUUCAGCCUGAAGCAGAUUAAGUUUCACAUUUUUGCCGAGGACCCCUUGGCCCCGCAGUUUGAGCAAAGGCUGAACCAGUGGCCCAGCUCCAUCUCAGCCAAGUUCCAGUACAGAAUCUAUCCCAUCUCCUUUUCCGUGGGCAACGCCGAUGAGUGGAAAAAGCUCUUCAAGCCCUGCGCUGCUCAGAGGCUUUUCCUCCCUGUGAUCCUGAAAGAUGUGGACUCCUUGCUCUACGUGGACACCGACGUGCUGUUCCUGAGGCCCAUGGACGAUAUCUGGACCUUCUUGAGAUCCUUCAACGGGACCCAGCUGGCGGCCAUGGCCCCGGAGCACGAGGUGCCCAAGAUAGGCUGGUACAGCCGGUUCGCCCGCCACCCUUACUACGGCGUCACCGGGGUCAACUCCGGGGUCAUGCUCAUGAAUCUCACCAGGAUCCGGAGCACGCUGUUUAAAAACAGUAUGAUUCCCGGCGGUCUGUCAUGGGAGGACCUGCUCCAUCCGCUGUACCAAAAGUACAAGAACCACAUCACCUGGGGAGAUCAGGAUCUUCUCAAUAUCAUCUUCCACUACAACCCAGAAUGUCUAUUCGUCUUUACCUGCCAGUGGAACUACAGGCCUGACCACUGUAUGUACGGGAGUAACUGUAAAGGAGCAGAGGAGGAGGGCGUGUCCAUUCUCCAUGGCAACCGCGGCGUGUACCAUGAUGACAAGCAGCCGGCGUUUAAAGUAGUCUAUGAUGCAGUACACGAUUUCCCCUUUGAGGACAACAUGUUCCAGUCGCUCUUCUAUCCCAUUCAGACCAAGUUCCUGGACACAGUCAACACCCUGUGUGGUCGGAUUCCUCAAGUCUUCCUCAAGCAGAUAGAAAAGACGGUAAAGGCAGCAUUCGAGGACAAAGUGGUGCGCCACCAGCUAACCAGUCUGCCUUUUACAUCCUCAACGCUGACAGAGGGCAACGACGGGAUGGAAAUUGACUCGCUUCAAGAGGCUCUCAGAGAUUUUGACAAGAAAACAAAGAAAGAGCAAUCCCCUCUUUUAGAACAGUUUCUAUGCCAUGUUGCCAAGACUGGACAGACCAUGGUUCAGUGGUCUCAAUUCAAGAACUACUUUCUGUAUAAACUGGAAAAGGUGAUGGAUGACUUCAAAGCCUCUGCACCAGAGCAAAGAGGUCUGGCGAAUACCAACGUGGAGUCAAUUCCAUUCGAAGACAUGAAGGAGAGGAUCUUGAAGAUUGUUAGGGAAUACAAUGGUAUCCCAUUCACAAUCCAGCGCCUGUGUGAGCUCCUCACAGAACCCAAAAGAAACUACACAGGAACAGAUAAGUUUCUCAGGGGGGUGGAGAAGAAUGUAAUGGUGGUAAGCUGUGUCCAUCCGACCUCAGAGAAAAAUGGAUGCAGUGCAGUCAAUAGAAUGAAUGGAGUGAUGCUUCCAGGGAACACAUCGGCUUUUACUGACAGAAAGGUAAACGGCCCUGGAACCCCAAGGCCGAUGAACAGACCAAAGUUGUCUCUGGCCCACUCGCUAGCAGCCAACGGGCUGCCAGACAGCACAGACAACAGCGACCUCAACACAGAGCAGGACGGCAACAAAGACACAGAGUACGACACCAUCUUUAAGGCGCCGGCAGAUAUUCGUGUCGAGCGCAGCCAAAGCAGCGGGAGUCUGAUCUGUUUUCCCCGCUUGUGUUCCAGCGAGCUGUCGCCCUCAGAGGGCUCCCCGGGGAGCACGGUGAAGAACAAACACUCGGAAGAAGAGGAGGAGGAGGACAUGGAAGCCGAACACCAGGAAGUGAAGAGGCUCAAGUUCAGCAAAGACGAAGAGGAAGAGGACGAGGAGGAGGAAGAGGAGGAGGAGGUGGAUCCACUGAGGCCUUCACACAGCACCUGCCUCUCAAAAGAAGCAGAAGCCAUGGUCCAGGAGGAGGACGAGCAGGAGAAGGCUGCAGACCUUAAGGAGAACGAAGCCUCCACCACCUGUGCUGCCCCCGAAGACCAAGAACCGACCAGCAGCACACAGGCCGAGAUGUGCACGGGCUCGGGUCCGGCGGCGGAGCGGGCCGAGCGCGAGGUGCCGUGCAGCUCCGAGGAGGAGGGCAGCGACAUGGAUCAGACCGAGCAGCAGGCCCCGGCGGGCGUGGCCCAGAGCCCCGAGACCAGCGAGGAGAGCGGCGGCGACCCGGUCAGCAGCAGCAGCAGUAUAGAGGAGGGGGCCGAGCCCGCCAGAGAGGACGUAGCUCUCACCCCCUCCAGCAGCACCACCGAACCCCCCACAGAAGAAGCCACCUCAAACACCGGGACCACGGAGGAGCCCAUGGAGCAGGACUAGACUAAAAAAAGCCCCCCCUCACCCGCAGCCACGUGUGACCAUAAACCAGCUUGUCCUUGAAUCCAGCCUUACUGUCACUGGGAAAAAGGAGGAAGGCACCUCAGACACAAGACGAACACCUCGUCCCGCUUUCAGGACACUCCUCCAAAAUGGCUACCUGACAUUGACGUGGGCUUACUAAAAAGUUUUUUUUUUUU